AUGGACGGUUUCGCCUACCGGUGCCGCAGCAGCCAGAGCCUGGAGGGCGGCCAGUCGGCGCUGCCCGGCUCGCUGCUCUUCUCGACGGGGCUGGUGGGCAACGUCCUGGCGCUGGGCUUCCUCUGGAAGCACCACCUGCGCGCCCGGCUGCAGCGCGGCGGGCGGCGCCCGCGAGUGUCCGCCUUCUACCUGCUGGCGAGCGCCUUGGCCACCACGGACCUGCUGGGCAAGUGCCUGCUGAGCCCCAUCGUGCUGGCCGCCUACGCGCACAACCGCAGCCUCAGCCAGCUGUGGCCGCCUCCGGCCGCGAGAGCGGCAGAAGCCGUCGGGGCGGUCGCGGCGGGCGGAGCAGAAGGCGAGCCCGGCAGGCUGUGCCAGCUCUUCGCCUUCCUGAUGGCCUUCUUCGGCCUGGCGCCCACCGUGCUGCUGCUGGCCAUGGCGCUGGAGUGCUGGCUGUCGCUGGGCCACCCGUACUUCUACGAGCGCCACACCAGCCGGCGCCUGGGCGCCCUCCUGACCGGCGCGGCGGCCGCCCUGUGCGCCCUCUUCUGCGCCCUGCCGCUGCUGGGCUUCGGCGCCACCGUCCAGUACUGCCCGGGCACGUGGUGCUUCAUCCGCAUGGCCGGCGGCGGCGGCGGCGGGCGGGCCUACGCGGUGCUCUACGCCAGCCUGCUGGGCGCGCUGGUGCUGGUCAUCGGCCUCUGCAACCUGGGCAGCAUGCGGAGCCUCUACGGCAUGGCGCGCCGGCGCCAGCCCCCUCUCCGGAACCCGCUGGCGGCUGGGGCGGAGGACGCGCCGGCCGGGAUGCCUUGCGCCGGCCGUUUGGAGGAGCUGGGCCAGCUGGUCUUGCUGGCCCUCAUGACCGUCCUCUUCACCGUCUGCUCCCUGCCCUUGAUCAUUCGUGCCUAUGUUGGAGCUUUUGCCCCGGAUUUCGAUGAGAAGGCAGACCUUACGGCCCUCCGGUUUUUUUCCGUGAACUCCAUUGUGGACCCUUGGGUCUUGAUCAUCUUCCGCACGUCCAUUUUUCGCCAUUGCCUCCUUCGGGUUUCUAGGAGACUGAGCUCUAAGAGAGCUCCACAUUCUCAUCUCCUGGAAACGUGGGAACGGAAGGAGUCUGGCUCGCUACAAUGA